AUGCCUGCAAUCCCCCGUGUUGAUCGAAUUAAAAAUAUUUAUUCGGCUGCGAAAGCUUUAAAUUUUGGUUUUCGUUUGUCUGCUACAAAUCCACAGGCUGUUCUUUUUGAUGGAAUUUCUGGCCAUUUUCCGCAGCUUCAACGUGUUACUAUUCGUUUUUGUAAAAUAAGUGAACCAAGCGCCGGUCUUCGCAAUUAUAUAGAACAUUCACUUACCAAAUUUGCUUCAGAAAAUCCUUAUUGUUCAAUUUAUAUACUUCCCGUGCGAAAUACUACUCCAUCAAUUCGAGCGGAAUAUUCAAAUGGAAGAGAAGUUCAGUUAGACGCUAGGGAUUUUAGUAUGGAACAUACUUCUCUUUAUAUGAACUAUUUGAGGACAAGAAGUGGAUUGCCAAUUUAUAAAUUUGAAAACCCUCAAUUUUCCCCAACAAAAUCAAUCCAAGGAAUGUGGUCGCCAACAACAUGGCAAAAUACUGCCCAAAAUCUUUAUAGCUGUGGAGCUUUGCCUCAACAAGAAUUCUCUACACAUCUUGAAAAAUCGAAGGGAGCAACAGAAACUUUACAACAAAUGACGACAAAAGAAGUAUAG